UCAUAUUCUGGUGGAGAUUCUGCUGAGUCUGGUGGAGGUUCUGCUGAGUCAUAGUCUGAUGGAGGUUCUGCAGAGUCAUAGUAUGGUGGAGGUUCUGCUGAGGUUCUGCAGUGUCAUAGUCUGAUGGAGGUUCUGCUGAGUCAUAGUCUGGUGGAGGUUCUGCAGAGUCAUGCUGUGGAGGUUCUGCUGAGUCAUAGUCUGGUGGAGGUUCUGCUGAGUCUGGUGGAGGUUCUGCUGAGUCAUAGUCUGGUGGAGGUUCUGCAGAGUCAUGCUGUGGAGGUUCUGCUGAGUCAUAGUCUGGUGGAGGUUCUGCUGAGUCUGGUGGAGGUUCUGCUGAGUCAUAGUCUGGUGGAGGUUCUGCAGAGUCAUGCUGUGGAGGUUCUGCUGAGUCAUAGUCUGGUGGAGGUUCUGCAGAGUCAUGCUGUGGAGGUUCUGCUGAGUCAUAGUCUGGUGGAGGUUCUGCUGAGUCUGGUGGAGGUUCUGCUGAGUCAUAGUCUGGUGGAGGUUCUGCAGAGUCAUGCUGUGGAGGUUCUGCUGAGUCAUAGUCUGGUGGAGGUUCUGCUGAGUCAUAGUCUGGUGGAGGUUCUGCUGAGUCAGAGUCUGCUGGAGGUUCUGCUGAGUCAUAGUCUGGUGGAGGUUCUACUGAGUCAUAGUCUGGUGGAGGUUCUGCUGAGUCAUAGUCUGGUGGAGGUUCUGCUGAGUCAUAGUCUGGUGGAGGUUCUACUAAGUCAUGCUGUGGAUAGAGGCUGAGAUCAUGAUGAAUUGGGCUUCUCC